UCUCCAUCUCUAUUUGAUUCUCCUUCACUUGCUGGCACAGUGAUCAUGCAGCUCUCUCUCUCUCUCUCUCUCUCUCUCUCUCUCUCGCUCUCUCGCUCUCUAUAUAUAUAUUUCUUCAUCAAACUGACUGUUUUUAGUGCCGCCUAAACCACAUUCGCCUGUUAUUGAGAGGACAUUUGAUGCGGGACGCAGCGUGUUUUUGCAGUCAUCUCAGCCCACAGCUCACUAUCUUGCAGGGUGGACGGGCAAUUAAAAAGGGUGUCCUGCUCCGUCCUGGACUUUCAAGGAUCUAUCGAUUAUCCUGUUGACCACCUGCCGAGUGUUUUGCCGGAGCCCUGGAGUCUGCUGCCUGUGCAUCUCCUGCGGUGCACGCUGACUGCUUCCAUAGUCUCAUAGCAGUGGAGCAGAGGUUGAAGAAAACCCCACCAUCACCUCUCACAGCCUGAGGAGGAACACGGCAGAGGGUCAGCAGAGGAGAAGGAGUGACAGGAGGGAAGAAAUGUAAAAAAGAGUAGAGCAGAGCAAAGAGGACAAUAUUAUCAUUUGGUGUGAGGAUCAACCAACUGUUGUGAGAGAAAGUUUGGUCUCUUUUGAAGGUGACUCAAAACUCCUCCGCAUUUGACAUCUGCACUCUCCUCCAUAGAACUUCCAGGACAAUCAUUCUCUGUGCUGCAACCCGGUUAUUGCACAGCUGCAAGAAUGCAGGUUUCAUUUGCAUGCACUGAUCACGGGCUUAAGGCCCCACGCGCGAGCGAGCCGAACAAGCAGAACACGUCGAGUCCGAACACGGCCAGCAAGGCACGGACACGGUUCCGGACGGUGGCGCUGAUCGCCCGCAGUCUGGGCUCCUUUACGCAUAGACACGCACAGAUUUCUCUGAAAGAGUCCACUGGAAAACUCACAGGCAUGAAGUACAGGAAUCUUGGGAAGUCGGGAUUGCGAGUGUCAUGCCUUGGACUCGGCACGUGGGUGACGUUUGGGGGGCAGAUUUCAGAUGAGGUGGCAGAGCAGCUGAUGACUAUCGCUUAUGAAAAUGGGGUCAACCUCUUCGAUACUGCAGAGGUGUACGCUGCUGGAAAAGCAGAAAUAAUCCUAGGAAACAUUAUCAAGAAGAAGUGUUGGAGGAGAUCCAGUCUGGUCAUUACAACCAAGCUGUACUGGGGAGGAAAGGCAGAAACAGAGCGUGGGCUGUCUAGAAAGCACAUUAUAGAAGGUCUGAAGGGAUCUUUGCAGAGGUUACAGCUGGAGUAUGUGGACGUGGUUUUUGCCAAUCGCCCCGACAGUAACACACCUAUGGAGGAAAUAGUGAGAGCCAUGACUCAUGUCAUUAAUCACGGCAUGUCCAUGUACUGGGGAACAUCACGCUGGUCAGCGAUGGAGAUCAUGGAGGCAUACUCGGUAGCGAGACAGUUUAAUCUGAUUCCUCCUGUGUGCGAACAGGCAGAGUAUCAUUUAUUUCAGAGGGAUAAAGUAGAGAUGCAAUUGCCUGAGCUUUACCAUAAAAUAGGGGUUGGCGUGGUCUCUUGGUCUCCUCUGGCCUGUGGGAUCAUCACAGGAAAGUAUGAGAAUGGCAUCUCAGAAUCCUCCAGGGCCUCUUUGAAGUCAUAUCAGUGGCUGAAAGAGAAGAUUCUUAGUGAUGAUGGCAGAAAGCAGCAGGCAAAACUCAAGGAACUGACCCACAUUGCUGAGAAGCUCAGCUGUACGCUUCCACAGCUUGCCAUCGCCUGGUGCCUCCGUAAUGAAGGAGUUAGUUCUGUUCUCCUGGGGACAUCCAACCCGGCACAGCUCACUGAGAACUUGGGUGCAAUACAGGUCCUUUCAAAGAUCACCUCUCAUGUGGCCACGGACAUCGACAAAAUUCUGGGAAACCGUCCCCAUAGUAAGAAAGACUACCAUCAUUAGGCCUUUCUGUGAAUCCGUAUGCCUUGCGACUCAGGAUCCCGUGCCAGCCCUCUUGUGUCAGCGGGUGUCCCACCAUCGUGUGUCUAUCUCAACUUCUGCAGAGAUCCAUUGUUGCUGUUACAGUAGAAAUGCUAAAGUGUUUUGCAUGCUUCUAUUCAACCCAAUUCUGCGAGAAGAUCUCUGUGAAGACACACUUGCCAGUGAAGCACAGAAGCUCCUGGACAUGUUUGUGGAAUUAUGCAUUUAGCUGUUCAUCACCCUUAUGUGCCAAAAUGAUCCCUGGUCUUCACCUCUGGACAUGCAAUCUGAGAAGGGGCAGGUAAAUGUAUGAAAUGAUAGGCUUAUAUGACCAGUGUAUGUGAGCCAUGCAGAAUGGAAGUGGUGCGGUUGAAUUUUUUUAUAUAGUAUGAAGGGUAUUCUCUAUCUCUUUAUGAUCAUUCCAUUAAGAAUACAUAAAUAUUGUGACAUAUUGCUGCUGUCCUUAUGAAACCUUGUAUCUCCAUAUUUUGUGAUUUUAUUUGCAAAUAUAUUUUGGUUACAUAUAAAAGUAUUAACAAAGUGCUUGUCAAUUUUGACAACACCGUAUUUAUUCAUUUAAAAAGUGCAGUGUUUUUUCCAUUUCCUGAAAAGCAGCGAAUCUGGACAUCCAAGGUUUCGUAAGGACAGCAACAAUAUGAAAAAAAAUAAAAAAGGUUGAUUAUGACUUCUCUCUAUUCAAAUAGAUGAAGAUUGACAUUUCCCUGUGACUGUAUAGAACUAGCUUGACAUUAUAUGACAUUAUUUAAUACAGAAAAAUCAAAAGCCGGAGUGGAGAGUUUAAAGAAUGCUUACACUCUAAAAAGGUAUUUGUUUUUUUUUUGUUGGUUAGCUUAAAAAUUGUUGCUUUUAAAGUUAAUUAAAAAGGUAAUUGGUUGUCUUAAAAAGUUACUUAAACUUAAAAAUAUUAGUUAACUCAAUGAAUUUCUUGUUGGGUUGACUAAUACUUUUAAGUUGAAUUAACUCAAAAUUUUAAGGCAACCAGGUAACCAACAAAUUUUUUAAGUGUAACUGGAAGAGUUGUUUAGAUUUGCUCACAUUCUCUGCUACGUUGGUCUUACUUACUGAAAAGAAUGCAAUGUAGGAGAAAAAAAUAAUUUGCAUAUUAUGCUGAGAAUGUAAAAACGGAGAACUGUGACGUUUGGCAGUGCGUAAGCUGUGUGCGACAAAAAUGUGUUGGAGUUAAAAGCCAUCAACAGUGGAUUUGGCUGUUAUCAUGUUAAAAUGUUUCUCUGACAUGUUGUGCAUAUUGUCUUCGUCGUCUUUAAAAAAAAGCACAAAACUGUUUGUGUAUGUUUAUCCCUGAAAUAUGUGAUGUGUCAUUUGUUCCAUGAUUUUUUAUUCCCACUGCUCUGGAUGAAUAUUAUAAGUAACAUAGUUCGUAAAAUGCUUUUUCAGUGAAACAAGCGUUCCACUGUAUUCAAUGACACUGAUUAAAGACAUGCUUGCUGCUGUAUUUGUAUUUGAACUGCUAAGCAGUAAAUGCAGAGAGACUGAAAUCUAGAAUUAUGUCUAUUACAAGCAGUGUUGGGUAAGUUACUCUGAAAAAGUAAUUAAUUACUAGUUACUCAUUACAUAUUCAAUAGUGUAAUUAGAUUACUGUCCAUAUUUCUCUGUCCAAAAAGUAUUUAGUUACUCAUUACUAAUUAUUUUUCUAUAUCCUACAUCAACCUUGAUUAGUUAAGUGAUUCAAGAAUAUACAUGAAACGGCUUAUUGAAUUCAUUCAAAUAAAUAAUAAUAUUAACUGACCAAAGUAUUACAAAUGUGAGAAUUAUACAUUAAAGCACAGAUUUUAAAGUAAGACUCUGAAUUUUGAAGUCAUUAAACUAUUGCACACGAAUAUAUUUAACAAAGUAUUUAGUUUAAUUACAUCAAAAGUAACUGUAUUUAAAUUACAGAAAACAUAUGAGUAAUCCCUUACUUUACUUUUUCAAGGGAAAAGUAAUUAAAUUACAGUAACUAAUUACUUAUUAACUAGUUACACCCAACACUUACUACAAGCAAGGUCAAAAUGUUUACAAACUUGAAAAUGAAGCUGUUA